CGCCUUUCCUCCUCUGAGCUCUGUCUCGCCUUUCUUGUUUCCUCCUCUGGGCCUUGGGCUCAAAGGUGGCGCUUUCCCUCCUCUUCACUCCUUCCUUUUGGGGCAUCAGGGGCAUCAAAGGCCUGGCUGCAGCAGGGAGGAAGACAAUGGGCCCUUGUGCUCAUCCCAGGGCACAGAAGGUGUCUCUGUCCUGGCCUGGCAGCCCCAGGAAGCCAUGGGUGGGACCUUGGGAGGGGACCUGGGCCAGCGCGGGGCUCUACCUGGGAAGGUGAGCAGCCUAGGAGGAGCAGCAGCAGCAGCUGGACUGUGGCCAGGGGCCUCCUCCUCCUCCACUGCUGCCCAACAAAGGGUCCCUGAGUGGCCUCUGCUGCAGGGAGACCAAGCCACAUCUGAGGAAGAACAGCAGCAGCAGGAGGAAGGCUUUGCAAAGGAAGAGGAGGAGCAGCAGCAGCCACUAGGCACACAACCCAACAGGUGAGCCUGGCUUUGUAAGACCCACACUCCCAAGUGUAAGAAAGGUGCUGGUUCUAGGGUCUCUGCUUGUUCUCUCCCAUCCCAGGUGCCCAACGCCCUGCAGUGGAGGCUUUCCUCUUCCUCUCAUUCUCCCCAGGCUCCCCAGUCCUGAGCCAGGGCCAUGGAGCCCCCGGCUGCAGCACCAGCAACACCAGCAGUGGUCAAGACGGCCAGAGAGGGGCAGGAGGGGCCCUCCAAGGACAGCUGGGCCCGGGCAGCGCUAGGGAUGGUCCUGGCUGGUACCCUCUUGGCUGCAGCUGCAGGGAUCCUUCUGGCCUGCCUGGCGCAGCCGCAGGAGUUCCCAUUUGAGCACCUGGCGGAGCUGCACGGUCUUCCCUUCCACAGCAGCCUCUUGCAAAGCGGAUCGGACUACUGCCGGGCACUAACCCCCCUCCUUGAGCAGCUGUUCCAGAGCAGCUUCCGGAACUCCUCCCUGGAGGGCAGCUGCUCCCGCUGCUCCAUCCUCCAGUACAGGAAGGGCAACAAUGGCAGCAGCGUGGUGGUACACUUCUGCCUCUGGUUCUCAGUGGAGCCGCCAAGUCCCAGCGUAGAGGAGGCAGCCCUGAGGCGAGGGCUGGAGGUCGCUCUGGGCGAUGCGGGGCUUGCGCUGCCCGGCUUCGGGGCCCUCUCUUCCGCCACCAUCACAGGCCCAGGAAGCAGUUUCUCAGACUCCAAGAUGGCCCUGAAGUCUGGGCGCUGUUCGCGAAAGGCCUUCUCCUGCCGCAGCGGCCAAUGCGUCCCGUGGCAGAACCCCGAGUGCGACGGGCGCAAGGACUGCCUGGAUGGCUCCGACGAGGAGGACUGUGAUUGCGGAGGGCGCCCGGCCCUGCAGGCAGUGCAGCAGCGCAUCGUGGGGGGCUCCCAGGCCUCACGGGGAGAGUUCCCCUGGCAGGUCAGCCUCCGGGAGAACGGGGAGCACUUCUGUGGAGCUGCCGUCCUUGGACCCACUUGGCUGGUCUCUGCCGCACACUGCUUCAACGAGUUCCAGGACCCUGGCACCUGGACGGCGCACGCUGGGAACAUCUGGCUGAGCGGCAGCAGUGGCCACGGCCGAGGAGAAGGCUCCCAGGCGCCCGUGGCACGCAUCCUGCGCCACCCCUCCUACGACGCUGACUCGGCCGACUUCGACCUGGCACUGCUGCAGCUCUCCACACCCCUGGGCCCCUCUCGCUUCGUGCAGCCCGUCUGCCUCCCAGCUGCCAGCCACAUCUUCCCUGCCGGCAGGAAGUGCCUCAUCUCCGGCUGGGGCUACCUCCGGGAGGACUUCCUUGUGAAGCCGGAACAGCUGCAAAAGGCCACAGUGGAGCUGCUGGACCAGGCGCUGUGCACCAGCCUCUACAGCAAUGCCUUGACUGACCGGAUGCUCUGCGCGGGAUACUUGGAGGGCAAGGUGGACUCCUGCCAGGGAGACUCCGGAGGUCCCUUGGUCUGCCCAGAGCCUUCUGGGCGCUUCUUCCUAGCCGGCAUCGUCAGCUGGGGCAUUGGCUGCGCGGAGGCCAGGCGCCCAGGGGUCUACACGCGCAUCACUAGGCUCCGGGACUGGAUUUGGGAUACGAUAGACUCCACCACUGUGACUCCCGCUCCCCCUUUGACAGCCGCAUCAUCCACCUCCACCUCAACACAGAACCCCCGCUCCACCACUUCCGGGCAGCCGAUGGACACAGCCCCCUGGCCCCCAAAUGAAUGCGGCCGCCGCCCAGGAUUCUCCAAGCCUCAAAGGAUCGUGGGAGGCACCACAGCCCUUUACGGGGAGGUCCCAUGGCAGGUGAGCCUGAAGGAGGAGGGGCUGCGGCACUUCUGCGGGGCCACCGUCAUCUCCCCCCGCUGGCUGCUCUCGACCGCCCACUGCUUCAUCCAGACCAAGCCGGGACGUGUGAUGGCCUUUGCGGGCAGCACCUUGCUCUCCGCAGCCGAGAGCACCUCUGUCAAGGCUGGCAUCUGGCGGGUGCUGCUCCACCCCUCCUUUCGCCCCGGCCGGCUGGACUUUGACGUGGCCCUCCUGGAACUUCUGCAGCCCCUACCCUUCGGGGCGCAUGUCCAGCCCAUCUGCCUCCCACCAGCCAGCCACAAGAUCCCUCUUGGCAGGAAGUGCUUCGUCUCUGGCUGGGGGCGCCUCCAGGAGGGCAACGCCCCCUGGCCAGAAACCCUGCAACUCGCCUCGGUGGGGAUUGUGGAACAGAAGGCUUGCAAUGCCCUCUACAACUUCUCCCUCACGGAGGAGAUGAUCUGCGCUGGGUUCCUGGAGGGGAAGACGGGUGCCUGCCAGGGUGACUCCGGAGGCCCCUUGGCCUGUGAGGAGGCCCCUGGUGUGUUCUCCCUGGCUGGGUUGGUCAGCUGGGGAGCGGACUGCUCUCAGGCCAAGCGCCCCAGGGUCUAUGCCCACAUCAGCCGUUUCACGGGAUGGAUCCUAGAGACCAUGGCGGGGCCCCGGAACCCCACCCCCUUGGGCCCCUCCCCACCCCCCAAGAAGGGCAGAACCACUGCAGCCACCACCACUACCAUCCCCUCCUCCUCCUCCUUCAGCUCCAUCUCAGCCUCAUUUGGUCAAAGCUCCACUCGGCAGGAUUCCGGCAGCACCAGGCUCAGCACGACCGGGCCCCCGAAGGUCACCCCAAGAGCCACUCUGCUGCCAGCAAUGCCCUGUGGCCCCUCCACCUUCCAGUGCUCCAGCCUCCUCUGCAUUGGGAAGCCCAACCCAGAGUGUGACGGGGUCCUGGACUGUGCCAAUGGGCGCGAUGAGGCCUACUGCGAGUGCGGCCGGGCCUCCUCCUGGGCCCUGGGCCGGAUCGUGGGAGGCAGCGGAGCCUCACGGGGGGAGUGGCCCUGGCAGGCCAGCCUCCGACUGUGGCGUGGAAAGAAGCAGGAGCACAAGUGCGGCGCCGUCCUCAUCGCCAAGCGCUGGCUUCUCUCAGCUGCCCACUGCUUCGACCUGUACAGCAAUCCUUCUUCCUGGCUGGCCGUGCUGGGGACCCCCUUCCUGGCAGGGGAGGGGGAGGAGAAGGUGCGGCAGGUGGCCCAGCUCCACCGGCACCCCUUCUAUAACGCCUUCACAUUGGACUACGACCUGGCCCUGCUCCGGCUGGACCGCCCCCUGCGCUUCUCCCCCACCCUCAGGCCCAUCUGCCUCCCCGAAGGUGCCGACCGCCUUGCCCCCGGAGCCCAGUGUGUCAUCACCGGUUGGGGAUCCACCAAGGAGGGAGGGCCGAUGUCAAAGCAGCUGCAGAAGGCAUGGGUCCAGGUGCUGGGGGAGGCGGAGUGCCAGCGCUUCUACCCGGUUCAGAUCAGCAGCCGCAUGCUGUGUGCGGGGUCUCCCCAGUGGGCCAUCGACAGCUGCUCAGGGGAUGCUGGGGGCCCCUUGGCCUGCAGGGAGCCCUCCUCUUCGGGGCGCUGGGUCCUGGCCGGCAUCACCAGCUGGGGCUAUGGCUGUGCCCGGCCCGCCUUCCCAGGGGUCUACGCCAGAGUCGCCACUGUCCAGUCCUGGAUCCGGCAGAACCUCCGGGCCUGACCCCUGUCAUCAUCCUCACCCCACUGCUAUCAAUAUGAUGAGUGCUUUGGAUGAAAUGGUAUGAAAGCCGUAGGACUGAGGCAGCCUAUCUAGAUGCUGAAGUCUGGUAAUCCAGGCCAGGGAAAACUGCAGGAAAAACUACUAAACUGCUGAAUGGACAGAGACCAGAAACAAUGGUGGGAAACAACAUGUUUACAUAGUCAAAAAGACAACGAAGUCCAACAAUGCUCCUUACUUAAAAGGAAAACUAACACCUGUCCAGAACGGUUGGAGUCAGCAUAUUUUUUUGCUGGCAAAACAACCUGUCAGUCAUUUACAACUUUUUGGAACAACAUCAGCAAGAAAUAUACUAUAGCAGAGACCAUUUUACUAUCCAAAAGUGUGGUAGGUCUGCAGGGAGAAGCUAUCUGGCCCAUGUUUGGUUCUUCUCCAGGAGCAGGAAGAAGGGAUGGUAAUGUAUGCAUGUUGAAUGAAUGUUUAUGUGUGUAUGAAUGCCGAGUAAACCAUAAUAUCUCCAGUGUAGCUAUUUAGAGUCUGUGUGUCUAUACUCUUUCUCUGUAAAGUGCCUAAUAUACUUGGUCUCACUUGGUGAUGAAAAUAAAAGCUUUUUAAGGCUUAAGAAGUACUUUUGACACCAGCACCCCGUUCUCAUAAUCAUAGGAUGCCAA